CCCAGGCUGGCGAUGUCGCGGAGGCGAACGCGGUCCGGAGGGGCCGGCCGGCGCUCCGAGCCCAGGGGCCCAUCUCCUAAGCCCCUGCGGAAGUCCCAGCGCAAGUCAGACUCUGGUGUCGAGGGCAUCCUCCCUGGUAUCUGCCCGAAGGCCCCCCACGCUACUCCAGCGAGAAAGCCCAUCCUCUUGAAGAAGAUCUUGGCCAGUGAUUUAAAGAUCUCACCAGUCCAGUCACUGCGUAGGAGCCCUCGGAUUGCCAUUUUCUCAGAGAAAGAAAACCACCCUCCUGUCAAGGAAUCUACUAGGGGAAACUGCUUCAAGACACAUCAUGUCCCCGUCACCCCCAACUCAUCUCCUGUGCUCUGGACCCUCAAUGUUGAGUCCACCUCCAGGGAUGGAGACCUAGAUGCCAGAGACUUGGAAAUGUCUAAAAAAGUCAGGCGAUCCUACAGCCGGCUGGAGACCCUAGCCUCCAGCUCCACUACCACCUCCACCCCUGGCCGCCGGUCCUACUUUGGCUUUGAUGGGCUGCUCGGGGAAGAAGAGUUGACUGGAGUUUCACCUGUGGUGUGUUCAAAGUUAACCGAGGCCCCCAGGGUCCCUGAGAAGCCCUGGGUCCCAGACACAAAUCUUCCUGGAAUCUCCCCCCCAGUUGUGAAGGAGAAACGGAAGAAGAAGAAGGUGCCGGAGAUCCUGAAAUCAGAGCUGGAUGAAUGGGCUGCAGCCAUGAAUGCUGAGUUUGAAGCUGCUGAGCAGUUUGAGCUCCUUGUUGAAUGAGAUGAAAUGGGGGCGCGCCUGACCAAACUCCCCUCGCCUCCCCCUGUCCAUAGCACCCUCCCUGUGAAGGACUCUUGGGGCUCCUCCCCUGCCUGUGAGCUGUUGCUGCAUUGAGGCCUAUCAUCUCAGCUUCAGGAAACGGGCUCUCCUGGCUCUGCCACGGGCCCUCCUGGCUCUGCCACGCAUGGCGCCCUCCUCCUACCUGCCUUCCAGAUCUUCAGCCAGUUUCCAUUUGGGCCACAGACUCAGGAGCAGGAACCACUGGCCCGGCCAGCAGAGGCUUUGGGGCGGGGAGUCCUGCCCUUGCUGGGAAAGGUGGCUGCUCCCGCAUGGCCCUGGACUUGCCCCGUGAGCAGCUGGGUUCCCGGCCCAAAGCCCACCUGUGGAGGGAGGCUUGGGUUUCCUCUGAGAUGCUCCAAUGUCCUGGCAAGUCUGGGGGCCUUGCGGAAGACGCGGGGACUCAGCCUGCGGUCUGGGUGUGAAGGAAGGCGGGAAACCUUGCUGGGUCUCUGGCCCUCCGUGUCUGCCACACGCAAGCUGUGCUGUAUGGCUCUGUGUUCUGCUCUUGGGGUGUCUGGUGGACUACCAGGCUGGUGGUGCACCUGCUGCUUGGGGCACGAGGGUGUAUUUCAGGGUGUGACUCCAGAUUCAGGGUGUCGGGCUCAGAAGCCCUCAUGGGGCUGGGCCAGGGCCUUACCACAUCACUGCAGGUGCGGGGGUGUUGCCACACCCACCCCCUCCCUGACGCCUUCUGUACAAAGUCAAAUGGACAAUCUGGCAACUUGGAAGAAAAACGUGGGCUGAGGGUACUGAUCCACUAGUGUCUUGCAGCUGCAUUAGUAAAGUUCUAGAAGGCUUUUCUCGUGUGCCAAGAUGGUGGCAGGAUAGACAGCAGUUUUACCUUUCAGCUCUGGUGUCCUCUCCUGUGAAAAGCUGCCUGAGGGGGGUGCUAGGAGUUGAAUUGGUGAGACGGGUGACUCAUUGUCUCCAGGGAACCUUCCCCAUCAUUUACCCUUCCUCAGCUGUGCUUUCAAAGGCUGCCCACAGCUCGCACUUGCUGCCCUCCGAGACAAAGGGCUGCAGAAGGGUGGCAGUGGCGAGCGCGCUGGGGGAAUGGCUGCUUCUGGGACACAUGGCAGUGUGGUGCAGGCUGAUCCCUGGCCUGCGAGUGCCAGAGAACCUGUUAGAUGCUUCGAACUUUGUCAGACUCUGCAAGUAAGCCACCUCGCCAGGGUGUGUCCAGAUGCACCCGAAGUCGCACCCGAAGAAUUCCUGUCCUUCCUGACCGGUGGGCAGCACUCCAGAGAGUCUUGCUUAGUUCUGCAGAAUCGGAGUGGCCAGAUGGUGUUGAGUUAGUUCAUGUUAUUGCUGCAAACUCUGACCCCAAAAAACUUAAGAAUGUAGAGUUUUAAGGGAAAUUUAUGAUUUCUUUUUAAUAUAAGCUGAUUAAAGAGUUUCUUCCUGUUUCUACAUUGUAUUUCCUUUACUGGGUCAAAGGCUGGGGGGACUGGGGGGUAGGCCCAAGAGGCCAGGACCUCUUAGAGCUGGGUCAUUAGUUGUCCUUUGUGUGGGGGUAGCCGCGUGGAAACUCGGCGCCCCUCCCGCAUCAUCUCUGUGCAGUCUUGCACUCCAAGCCAGGGCCUCCUGCAGAAAGGAGUCCUGCACCUCCCUGGUGGUGCAAGGGGUUAAGAGUCAGCACUAUGAAGCUGUCCGCAGCCUCUGCAGCUCAAGUUCGAUCCCCAGCCAGGGAGCAACCCACAUGGCGCAGCAGACCUCUCCUGUCUCCCCGCUGCUCCCCUCAGCAGUGUAUUUCAGUCAGUUGCCUGUUCUGUUUCCCACUCUGUCUCUGGUGAGUCCUCUCACCCCACCCCACCCCCGCAUCUCUGGCCUGUACCCCAGCUCUUGUAUGCAUGAAUAAAUCUUCUAAAAAAAAAAAAUUGAAAGCAGCGGCUCAAAGAUACUUGUGUAUACCCAGCACUAUACACAACAGCCACAUGGUGGAGACAACACAAGUGUGCAUCUGCGGUUCAUGGAUAAAACACAGUAUGUGCGUGGAAUGGAGUGUUAUUUAACCUUGAAAAGGAAGAACAUUCUGAUUCAAGCUACCACUUAGAUGAACCUUGAAAAUAUGCUAAAUGAGCCAGACAUGAACGGACAAACUCUAUGACUCCACUUACAAUUACAGGAGGUACCUAACCACGUCCGCGAAGACGGAAGGGAGAA